GUCUAUGCCACAGCUGUGGUCAAACAUGCUCAUUCCAUCCAUCCAUCCUCUCCUCCACCACCUGCGCCCAUCCAUCCAUCCAUCGGCGCCCAAAGCCGCAUGCGCCUGCGUGAGUCCCGCGUGGCCGUGGACGCGCUGACAUGCUGCGGGGAGCUUCGCGUCAGAGCACACCGAGCCGAGUAUGAAAAUGCUCAGAUUCCGCAGCCCCAGCAUCCGCUCCUUGGAUGAGGAGAUCCUGUGCACCAUCCGCCUGCUGGACGACUCCGAGAUCUCCUGCGGCAUCCAGAGAGACACUAAAGGCCAGUUCCUGCUUGACCAUGUGUGCAAUCACUACAACCUUUUGGAGAAGGACUACUUUGGUAUCCGCUAUGUGGAUCCUGAGAAACAGAGGCACUGGCUGGAGCCAAAUAAAGCUGUGGUCCGACAGAUGAAAUCUCUGCAACCUUUCACCAUGUGCUUCAGGGUCAAGUUUUACCCCCAUGAGCCGAUGAAGAUCAAGGAGGAGCUCACAAGGUACCUGCUGUACCUCCAGUUGAAGAGGGACGUCUACCACGGCCGCCUCCUUUGUCCGUUUGUGGAAGCCGCCUACCUGGGUGCAUGCAUCGUUCAGGCUGAGCUGGGCGACUACGACCCAGAGGAGCAUCCGUCAGACUACAUUAGGGACUUCAAGCUGUUCCCCAAACAGUCGCUCAAGCUGGAGAGGAAAAUCAUGGAAAUACACAAGACGGAGCUCAGGGGUCAGUGUGCCUCCUUGGCAGAACUGAACAUGCUCCAAAGGGCUCACAACUUAGAAACGUAUGGAGUUGACCCUCACCCAUGCAAGGACUUUACGGGCUCCACAGCUUUUCUCGGCUUCACGGCGACUGGCUUUGUGGUCUUCCAGGGAAACAAGAGGAUCCAUCUUCUCAAAUGGGCCGACGUCAGUAAGCUGAAGUUUGAAGGAAAAACCUUUUAUGUCAUCGGGAUUCAAAAAGAGAAGAAACUGGUGUUGACCUUUCACACCUCGACUCCUGCGGCGUGUAAACACUUGUGGAAGUGCGGGGUGGAGAAUCAGGCCUUUUACAAGUGUGCAAAGUCAAGUCAGAUAAAGACAAUGUCGAGCAGCAACAUCUUCUUCAAGGGCAGCAGGUUCAGAUACAGUGGAAGAGUCGCCAAGGAGGUGAUAGAGGCCAGUUCUAAAAUCCAGAGAGAGCCACCUGAGGUGUGCAGAGCUCAGUUCGGCCAAAGUAGAAGCUUUAACUCUUUGAGCCAUAAGAACCUCAUCAUGAACAUGGAACCUUUGGUACCAGCGCUGCCCUCCACCAAUGAGUAUGAAGAGGCGGCCAUGGAAAACGGCAUUGUGGCGAUGAAGGACUCGACGGCGUUGCCCCCCAUCAAACCGUCAACCGCUCCCGCAGACGCCGAACAACUGCAAAGCAUCGAUGGAGACAACUCUGCGUCAGACCUGCUGCCUCCCAAUGUUGCCAUGGAGACCUGCAAUAUCCGACCGCAGACGCCCAAAGCGGGAAGUGAAACGGAGGAAGAUGAUGAGGCCUCUGGAGCGCUAACCAUUUCUGAGAUGGUGUACAGCCCGUGUGCCAGCAUGUUGCCCACCCCAGUGGACGACAACCAGGGAGGCGUCGACCUCCUCUUCUCCUCCUCGGUCCAGGGCCCCGCCAGGCUGCUGAGGGAGCUCCACGACGACCCCGACAUCCAAGCCCAGCUGGAGGCCGAGUGGGCGCGCGACCGCGCCUACGAGCGCACCCGACUGGCCGCGAGGAGCGGCGGCUUCCACGGCGUCCUGGGCGGCGGCCUCCGCUUGCUGUCAUCCAACGAGAGGCUCAACUCUUGCGUGCUGAGCGUCGCUCGCUUCGUGGCCGUGCUCACGGGCGUCCUCGUGGUCACCGUGCCCACCUUGCUGCUGCUGCUGGAGUCUGACCUGGACGUGUCUUUCCUGCACGAGAUCAGGCAGACGCCGGAGUUCGAGCAGUUCCACUACGAGUAUUACUGCCCUCUUCGCCGUUGGAUCGUGUGCAAGGUCAGCAUGGCCAUGGAGAACCUGUGGUCCGACUGAGGCGGUGAGGUGAGGUGAGGACCGCUCGACUGGGAGGCAAAUGAAGGGAGGUGUCACUUCAGGGAAAAACAGACACCCAAAAAUCGGUCUUUAAAGGUCUUAACUACGCUUGUGUUAUCAGACGAGAGCGAGGCAGAAGCAUUUUUAUCUCUUAGAUAACGUUUAAUAGAUGUCUGUGGCAAAGAAAGAGGACAAAACGACAAAAGGACUAAGAAAAAAAAAAGAAAAACACUCGUCUCCAAGAUCCUGACAAGCUAAUGCAAAUACUUUUAAAAAUAAACCUCACAAACACGUUCCGAUUGGCCCUCGUCUUCAGAGAGCAGCGCAUGAUUGGUCCCCGAGCAUGUCAAUCAGCGCAGAGUGGGCGGGACUAGUGAUCGACCACUCCUAAAUUGACUCAAUACUGUAUAAACAUUAAACACAAAAGACACAUUGGUAUAAGUAAUGCCAGUUCUUUUUAAGGUUUUCUACAUUUUUACGCGACACAGCUCUUUCAGGAAUUUUUUCAGUCCAGAUGAUCGACUUUGAUCUUAUUUUGAAAAAAAAAAAAAAAGAAUUUAGGAUUUAUAAAAGACAACAAAAAAAUGACCCAAAUGGGACAACUAUUUUUUAACGCCUGGGUACAGCACAAAUCUUUUACACGCACCGGCAGAUGUUUUAACUCCCUCACGGACCGUGUGACGUCGUUUGGGGGAAGAAAAAAAAAACAAAGGGGGGACGUGAUUUUGUUUGUUUGUUUGUUUGUCGCGAAGAAAUGUUUGUGUUUUGGUCCAGUUGUCCGAUAUGUUCACGUUGAAGUGCCGAAGAAAGAAUGUCGGAUCUGGAUGUAGGAAAAUGGCGUCAGGUAGGGUUUGCCUGAAAUCUCAAGGGAACGUUUGUAGUUUGUAGGUAGGUUAAGAGAUGGAAUGUAGAGCUUAUGUCACACAGAAAUGCCGCACAAUUGGAGCAUCAGAGCCGUAACGAAAUAUCUCACAUUUAUUCAACUUACACAGAACCCUGCGAGGUAAAACUAUAUAUGACUAACUGUGUAUGCCAGGGGUCCCCAAACUACGGCCCGUGGGCCGGAUCUUGCCCGCCAGCGUCCAAAAUCCGGCCCGCCAGAAGUCCCAAGUUGAAAAACAUUUUUUUUUUUUUAAUUAUACAUUUUUUUAAUCUGUGCUUUCUAAUCCAUUUUCUACCGCUUGUUACUCUCGGGGUCUCCUAGCCGCUCAGGCAAAUUAU